GGCUGCACUGCCUGCCUGCCCGCUUCAGGUCCCGUCGGAGCAGCGGGAAGCACUCGACUUCACAGAGCACCGCGGAUCCCGUGAAGGCACCACGCGGCCAGUCUUCUCGCACAUUCCAGCAGAAAGGUGUCCUCACACAACUCGGAAGAGAGUGGGAAGCAAGGGUUGGAGGGGGGAAAAAAGCCAGAGUGUAGAAAGAAGAAGACGGCGAAGGAGGAGAGAAAGAGAGACAAAUAAAGAGCAGAGAAGAAGAGGAGGUGUUCGCCGAGAAGAUGCUGACUCCAGCCGGCUUCUUGGCUGCGGUCGUCCUUGGUUUGAGCGCGGCUCACUCCAAAGUGAAUAAACACAAGCCGUGGAUCGAGACUUCAUACCAUGGGGUGAUCACUGAAAACACGGACGUUGUUCUGCUGGAUCCCCCUCUAGUGGCCUUGGACAAGGAUGCCCCAAUCCCAUAUGCAGGGGAGAUCUGCGCUUUCAACAUCCACGGGUUGGAUGCUCCAUUCGAGGCAGUGGUGCUGAACGGCACUUCGGGGGAGGGCCAGCUGAGGGCCCGCGGCUUGGUGGACUGUGAGCUGCAGAAGGAGUACACCUUCAUCAUUCAGGCUCAUGACUGCGGUUCAGGACCAAGGGGCACGGAGGGCAAAAAGUCCCACAAGGCAGUGGUCCAUAUUCAGGUCAACGAUGUGAACGAGUUUGCUCCCGUGUUCCGGGAGCCCCAGUACCAAGCUGCAGUGACAGAGGGCAAGAUUUAUGACAGCAUCCUACAAGUGGAGGCCACUGACCAGGACUGUUCCCCUCAAUACAGCCAGAUCUGUAACUACCAGAUCACCGCCACCAACACACCAUUUGCUAUAGACCGGAACGGUAACAUCCGGAACACAGAGAAGCUGAGCUAUGACCGAGAGCAACAGUAUGAGAUCCAGGUGAUUGCCUGGGACUGCGGUCAGAAGAGAGCUUUGCACAGCGUCUCCGUCCGCAUUGACGUCAAACCUGUCUGCAAACCCGGCUGGCAAGGUUGGAGUAAGCAAGUGGACUAUGAGCCAGGAACAGGCAGUAAGCCGUUGUUUCCCAAAAUGCAUCUGGAGACCUGUGGAGAACCACUGUCAUCUGCGAGGACCACCGUGGAACUUCAAACCAGUCAUAUUGGGAAGGGAUGCGACCGUGAGACCUACUCCGAGAAGUCCUUACAAAAAUUAUGUGGAGCCUCAUCAGGCAGCACUGACCUUCUGCCCGCCCCUUCUACCGCCACUAACUGGACAGCUUCUCUGGUGACUGACAGCGGCAGGGACAGUGAUUUGAUAUUCAGGUUUGACGGUCACCAGGCGGCUAAAAUUCCAAGCUGGGUGGUACCUCAGAACCUGACAGACCAGUUCACUAUAGCGACCUGGAUGAAGCAUGGCCCCAGUCCUGGGCUCAGGGCUGAAAAGGAGACCCUGCUUUGUAAUUCCGAUAAGACGGAGAUGAAUCGCCAUCACUACUCCCUGUAUGUCCACAAUUGCCGCCUGGUGUUCCUGCUAAGGAGAGACUUUACCCAGGUGGACACGUUCAGGCCUGCUGAGUACCACUGGAAACUGGACCAGAUCUGUGACAAGGAGUGGCAUUACUACGUCAUCAAUGUAGAGUUCCCAGCGGUGACACUCUAUGUGGAUGGAGUGACCUAUGACCCCUACCUGGUGACUGACGACUGGCCCAUUCAUCCGUCGGAGAUCGACAUGCAGCUGACAGUCGGUGCCUGCUGGCAAGGUGGCGAGGUGACCAAGCCACGGUUUACUCAGUACUUCCGGGGCAGCCUAUCUGGACUGACCAUCCGACCCGGAAAGAUCGAGAGUCAGAAAGUCAUUUCCUGUCUGCAGGCUUGUAAAGAAGCACUGGAUAUCAACUCCCUUGAGAGCCUGGAUAAGAGCAUCAAGUUUCACUUCAACCCAGCUCAGUCCAUUCUGGUGAUGGAGGGAGAGGAUUUAGAAAACAUGAACACUGCCCUGAGGAAGGUCUCCUACAUAAACUCUCGCCAGUUCCCCACUGCAGGAGUACGACAUCUUCGCAUAUCUACAGCUGUCCAGUGCUUCGGUGAGGACACUUGCAUCACCAUCCCUGACAUAGAGGCGGUCGUGAUGGUGCUGCAGCCAAGCGAACCCAGGAUAACCAUCACUGGACUGAAACGACACAGUCUCCCGGCUUCUGACCUAAGGGCUCCUGGCGGUGUUGCACUUUUCCAGGAGCUCCACAUCAUCAGCACAGUCACCAGAGUAGACACGGCUGCACAACACACAGGUCAAAGACGAGGCAUUCUGGAGGAGAUCAUCCACAACUUGGACUACUGCGAUAUUCUGGUAAUAGGCGAGGAGUUGAACCCUGCGCAGGAGUCACUCCAACUGGGGCGCAGCGUUCUGCUUGGGAAACACCUCGAUGCCACCAACUCCACAUCCGGGAUGUCCAUAUACGGUGUGGACUCCAUGUCAAACUACGAAGAGGUGAUCCGAGAGGUGCAUUACUCCAACUGGCAACCUGCACAAUUAACAGAGAGGAGGUUCCGCCUCACCUGCUCAGAGCUCAAUGGACGCUACACCAGCAAUGAGUUUAACUUGGAGGUGAGCAUCAUCCACGGUUCAGAGGUCGGGGAACGUGUCAGUCACAGCGCUGCUUCGCCUCAGUACAUGCAGUUAGUCCACAAUCCAUCCAUGAUUCAUGAGCUGUACCCUGGGCACAACUCAGGGGUGCCGAGUACCGCCGCAGUGGUCACUGUCAUCUGCAUCGCCGCCCUGGUGGUAGUGCUUGUGUUAGGCGUCUACCACAUCCAUUUAACACACCAGCAACAAGUCAAGAUGUCCGAGGCGGCCAAAGAGGAAGACGGGGCCUGGGACAAGUCGGGUCUCUCAAUCACCAUCAACCCAAUGGAGAAUCUGCAGGACCCCCAGGCUGCAGAUGAGGAGGCCAGCGAGGACGAAGAGGAGGACGACGAAGAGGAGGAGGACGAUGACGUCACCAGUGCCGAGUCGGACAACAGCGAGGAGGAAUUGGACGUGCAACUACCCAGCAUGCAGUGCAAGAAGGCACACAAACAAUAAUGUCUAAUUGAAACUCCAAGUCAGUCAUCUUACACACACACUGAUCUGCAUAAUAUUCUGUAAUCACCUUGACACACACUGACUUGUGGCUUAAAAAAAAAAUUGCGGUAAUAUCGCCCCCUGCUGGACUUAAUAAGUAUUAACUUAAACCUAGUGAUUAAAAAUAAAAUCACAGGGAAACAUAUGGAACAAUUGAAUGUUGUCUAUAACUACCGGGCAUCCGGACAUUCACAUUGCUUCAGUUUUAACUGCCUUGUUCUAAAAUGGAAUACAUUCAAUUUUGUCCUCAAAAUUCUACAGACAAUACCCCUAAGCCAGUGUUUUUCAACCUUUUUUUGAGCCAGGGCACAUUUUUUAGUUAAAAAAAAUGCGGAGGCACACCACCAGCAGAAACCAUUAAAAAAACAAAACUCAGUUGACAGUAAAAAGUCGUCGUCGCAAUUGUUGGAUGUGACUUUAAAGCAUAACCAAGCAUGUAUCACUAUAGCUUCUUGUCUCAAAGUAGGUGUACUGUCACCACCUGUCACAUCACACCAUUGACUUAUUUGGACUUUUUUGCUGUUUUCUUGAGUGUAGUCUUUUAGUUUUUGUCUUGCGCUACUAUUUUGGUGGAUUUUUCUCUGAUUUUUCCUGUAGCAGUUUCAUGUCUUCCUUUGAGCAAUAUUUCCCGCAUCUACUUUGUUUUUAUCCUUCAUUGUGGGGACAUUGUCAUGUCAUGUUCGGAUGUACAUUGUGGAAGCCAUCUUUGCUCCACAGUAAGUCUUUGCUGUCGUCCAGCAUUCUGUUUUUGUUUACUUUGUAGCCAGUUCAGUUUUAUUUUUGUUCUGCAUAGCCUUCCCUAAGCUUCAAUGCCUUUUCUUAGGGGCACUUACCUUUUGUUUAUUUCUUGUUUAUGCAUUAAAUACCUUUUUACCGGCAUACUGCCUCCCUUUGUAUCAACAUCUAUAAAGCAAUUAGCUACCUGCUGCCACCUACUGAUAUGGAAGAGUAUUACACGGUUACCCUGCCGAGCUCUAGACAGCACCGACACUCAACAACAACACAUCAUUUGCAGUCUAUAAUUACUGGUUUGCUUAAAAAUGUUUUCAACCCAAAUAGGUGAAAUUAGAUAAUCUCCCACGGCACACUAGAGUUUUUUUGUUUUUGCAAAUAUAUUUAAAAUUAUCACAGCCUUUGCUCAAUAAUUUGUACAUUGCUGCCAAAGGUGCAUCGACAGAGACACCUGUGAUAAAAAAAAAAACAACAACAACGAUUCCGCUUCGGGCUGUAUAGCUCGGUUGGUAGAGUGGCCAUGCCAGCAACUUGAGGGUUGCAGGUUCAAUCCCCGCUUCUGCCAUCCUAGUCACUGCCGUUGUGUCCUUGGGCAAGACACUUUACCUACCUGCUCUCAGUGCCACCCACACUGGUUUAAAAAUGUAAUUUAGAUAUUGGGUUUCACAAUGUAAAGCGCUUUGAGUCACUAGAGAAAAGCGCUAUAUAAAUAUAAUUCACUUCACUUCCCAUUUAACCUGAUGGAGCUUGAGAGGUGCUGCAAAGAGGAAUGGGCCAAACGUGGGUGUGUCAAACUUGUGACGUCAUAUUACGAAAAAAAACUUGAGGCUGUAUUUGCUGCCAAAGUUGCAUCAACAAAGUAUUGAGCAAAGGCUGUGAAUACUUGUGUACAUGUGACUGUUUUAUUAUUACAUUUGCAAAAAAAAUUAAAACACCUUAUGGGGUAUUGUCUCUAGAAGAUUUAGAACAAAAUGAAUUCAUUCCAUUUUGGAAUAAGACUGUUUUGUUUUAUUAAAUUUGCAAAAUGACAAAAAAAAUAUCAUGUUGAGCAAAGGCUGUGAAUACUUAAAAGGGAUUUUUUUUUUUUUUUUUAAUUAAAUUUGCAAAAUAAAUUAAAAAAAUAAUCACAUUGUCAUUUGGGGUAUUGUCUGUAGAAUUUUGAGGACCAAAAAAAUAUGUAUUCCAUUUUUAAAUAAGGCUGCAGCAUUAAGUAUGGAAUAAGUGAAGCGCUGUGAAAACUUUCCGGAUGCACUGUAUGUGUCCUGUGAUUGACAGCCCGGGGUGAACCCCGCCUUUCACUGAGUAGCUGGGAUAGGCUCCAGCUUUCACCAUUUAACAAUAUAAGGGGUAAAAAAAAAAAUGACAUGCAUCACAAAACACUUAAAUAUUAAAUCGUAAUAUUUACUGUUUUAGGUAAUUAUUUUGUUCACAUUGUUCCCCGAUCUAUUUAGUUGAUUUGAUGCACUGGUUUAAAACAUGUAAUUUAUUUUUUUUUUAAAAUAAUGAUAGUAUAUUAUUUUUGGUUUGUAUACAACAUGUAAUUUAUCAGUUUUUUGGCCCAUGAGGCAAAGCCAGGUGAUUUUACAGAAUAACUUAUUUUCAAUGGAACUAACAAAAAAAAAGAACAAAAAAAAAAGUGAAAAGAAAACAUUUUCAUUUUAAACUCAACAAGGAGUUGAAGUUUUGUGUUUCGGGGCUUGACAGAGGAGCCUCGUUGUACAUUUUUAUACACUAUCUUGUAAAUAGAGAGAACAGUAGUUGACCCCUGCCACCAACAUACCAUCUUUACCCAACUUCAUUUUUCUUGUAUGAAACGUCAGAAAGUUUAGUCUGCAGAAAUAGUGUGCGUUUGACUUCUGUUGGCUUUGUUUAUGAAGUGUCAGCGUCUCCAUGGAUACCAGGACAGUCCUAUCAGAAAACUGUACAUAUUUUCAAAGAAGAAGGGUGAGGGUGCAGUUCCACAAACAAAAUAUGGAUAAGAGUACGGUGGUUACCUGAAAAUAUUGCAAACACAGACUAAAAAGGAGUAAUCGGCACAAUGCAAUGCACUGAACUCGCACACUAAAACCAAUCUGAGUGUUUUAAUAUUAGAAUUAGGCGCUAUCAAAAUUAACUCAUGGAAGUAAUCACAUUAAAGGCCUACUGAAACCCACUACUACCGACCACGCAGUCUGAUAGUUUAUACAUCAAUGAUGAAAUAUUAACAUUGCAACACAUGCCAAUACAGCCGGUUUGGUUUACUAAAUUGCUAUUUUAAAUUUCCCGCCAAGUAUCCUGUUAAAAACGCUUAUGAUAACGCGUGCGCGUGAUGUCACAGGUUGUAGCGGAGAUGUUCUUCCAGCCUGAUCCAAGCUAUAAGUAGUCUGCUUUAAUCGCAUAAUUACACGGUAUUCUGGACAUCUGUGUUGCUGAAUCUUUUGCAAUUUGUUCAAUUGAUAAUGGAGAAGUCAAAGAAGAAAGAUGUAGGUGGGAAGGGGUGUAUUGGAGCUGCCUUUAGCAACACAAACACAGCUGGUGUUUCCUUGUUUACAUUCCCGAAGGUGAAGCUUUACUAUGGAACAGAGCGGUCAAGCGAACAUGGAUCCCGACCACAUGUCAACCGGCAGGUUUCGGUGAGAAAAUUGUGGUAAUAAGUCGGCUCUUGUUGUAGACAUGAGCGUAGCUUGCGUCCUCCUGCAGCUGCAGACUCUCUUACCUCCUCCCGCCGGAGACACUGGCGGUCACCACACCCGUGGCCACACCCCUCCAAUUUUCAGGUACCAUAUAAUCUCACUAAAACACUAGUAACACAAUAAGAAGAUAAGGGAUUUUCCAGAAUUAUCCUAGUAAAUGUGCCUAAUAACAUCUGAAUCGCUCCCACUGCCCUCGCCUUUUUUUUUCUUCUAGUCCUUCACUCUCACUAUCCUCAUCCACGAAUCGUUCAUCCUCGCUCAAAUUAAUGGGGAAAUUGUUGCUUUCUCGGUCCGAAUCGCUCUCGCUGCUGGUGGCUAUGGUUGUAAACAUUGUGAGGAUGUGAGGAGCUCUACAACUGGUGACAUCACGUGCACAUCGUCUGCUACUUCCGGUACAGGCAAGGCUUUUUUAUUAGCGACCAAAAGUUGCGAACUUUAUCGUGGAUGUUCUCUACUAAAUCCUUUCAGCAAAAAUAUGGCAAUAUCGCGAAAUGAUCAAGUAUGACACAUAGAAUGGACCUACUAUCCCUGUUUAAAUAAGAAAAUCUCAUUUCAGUAGGCCUUUAAUCACAUGUAUAUACUCAGAAUAAUCACACAAUUUAAAAAUCGUUUGACAGCAUUCAUUGUAAUAUUGCCCCAAAACUCAUGGAAAAAUACAAAUGUAUUCGCCUAAAACUGAGAAUUUUCUUUUGAAAACCUUAUAAAAUAGAAACGUAUGAUUUAGGAUUUACUAUUUUAUUAAUACUUUUUUUUUUACCCAAGUCGUUAUACUAUUCCAUGCGUAAAUAACACUUAUAGAUCAUAUUUCCACUUGGCAAUUUACAUUGCAAAGAAAAGUCUGAAAAGAGCAUGCCUCACGCUAAGAAACAUAAACAGCAUACCAUAUUUCCUUAAAUUGCCGCCGGGGCACUAAUUAAUUUAAAACCUAUUCUCACUCCUGCGCUUACCAAAGGCACGCGGUAAAAGUAAGCAUGCGCUAAUUAUUUUAAAACCUCUUCUCACUCCGACACUUACCAAAGGUAUGCAGUAAAAAUUUGAGUGUGAUGUAAGCUUGGACCUUAAAUCCUACUGAAUAGCUCUUAAUCUUCUUCCCUUUAUGCGAUUUCAAAUUACCGGUAUUGAAAUCAGCCUCCUCCAGUUUGAAAAUGAUGACAGGGGAAGUGUCAGUCGUGACGUCACAAGUUUGACCAGGCGGUAAUACUAAGCAUGCGCUAAUUAUUUUGCGAAGCGAGUUUGACCCUGCAGUAAUUCAAGGCAGGCGCAUACUAUAGGCCCUGCGGCAAUUCAAGGAAAUACGGUAUUCAAGUUAUUCAUCUUGCAACUAUGCAGGUUCCUUCUAUUUUCAAACAGUGUUUUGUGGCAGAGAGAAGACACAAAUCUACUCAGGCUCUCAUUUUUUAAUCAGAUAAAUCACAUUUUGGAAUUUGGAUUAAUCAUUAUUAAUAAUAAUGAUAAUUAUAAAGCACUUGCAGGUAGGACAGGGUUUAGUGCAAGUGCCUCACAAUACGAAGGUCCUGAGUAGUUCUGGGUUCGAUCCUGCGCUCGGGAUCUUUCUGUGUGGAGAUUGCCUGUUCUCCCCAUGAUUGUGUGGGUUCCCUCCGGGUACUCCGGCUUCCUCCCACCUCCAAAGACAUGCACCUGGGGAUAGGUUGAUUGGCAACACUAAAUUGGCCCUAGUGUGUGAAUGUUGUCUGUCUAUCUAUGUUGGCCCUGUGAUGAGGUAGCGACCUGUCCAGGGUGUACAUCGCCUUCCGCCCGAAUGCAGCUGAGAAAUGCUCCAGAACCCCCCCAUGACGCCAAAAAGGACAAGCAGUAGAAAAUGGAUGGAUAACGCACUUGCAUAAUUAAAAUCGGCUUACUCAGAGAAACCAAUAUUUGUACACAAAUGUCAUUUUACUGUCAGAAUGUCAUCCAGGAAUGUUUUUAAACGUUUUACUAGUAUUACUUUGGCCUAAACUUGCAACAUUUGGAUCUUAAAUUAUUUCAGGCUGUGUUUUGGGGUAAAUGUAUUCAUUUUUGUAGGGAUUUAUGCAUUAAUCUGUUUACUGACCGUACAGCGGUUAGGUAAUAGAGCUUAUACGGUCUAAAUAAAUUACAUUAUUAUUCCAAGUGUGAUAUUUUUUUGUGAAUAGUCACGAGUUACCUCAUUAAUUUUCUAUCCAUCCAUUUUCUACCAAUUGUCCCUUUUUGGGGUUAUCAUUAAUUUUGACAGCCGUAAUUUCCACACAAACACGUUUACACGUGCAGAGAUUGCCACCUGCUGGUCAUUACAGAGAAUGAAACUUUAAAACCCAAACUUACACUUUUACCCCAAUAAAAACUUGUAAUACUCAAUACUAAAAUUUCUGAAAGAACUUUAAGUAAUAAAACAGUUGGUUCAUCUUGAAAUUUCACCCAAAAGUACAUUAUCCGUGACAUGUGAGGAGUAAAACUGCCCUCGUUCUUUGCUGUCAAAAAACUAUUUUUUUAACCAGAUAAUCACUUUUGAAUUUUGAAUAAUCGUAAUUAAUCUCAGUAAAUUAAUCGCUUGAGUAAUUUAAAAUGACCUUUAAAAAAAACACAUUUUGGACUCAUACGCAGUUUAAAUGGCAAAUGUUCAUGCCCGCAUGAAGUCCCAAUCAAUCAAUAUAUACAUAUAUAUAUAUAUAUAUAUAUAUAUAUAUAUAUACACAGUAUAUAUAUGUAUAUACACACACACACAUACAGUGGGGCAAAUAAAAUUUUAGUCAGUCACCGAUUGUGCAAGUUCUCCCACUUAAAAUGAUGACAGAGGUCUGUAAUUUUCAUC